UGAUAGUCAACUAACCUCUUUGGAGAACUGCUACAAUAUCAGCGUACAAGACUUGGGUGUAGCUCAUAAUGGAGCUUGUAGGACCAAUCCUUGAAGUGAUAAAGUGCUUUGGUGGUCUAACUUGUAGAUACUUGGAUAAUCACCGAAAACUUGAAGAAAACAUGAGUAAGCUUAGAAGAAGAGUGGAUGGUCUAAAUAUUCGAAAGAAGGAUAUUGAAUUGAGAAAGGAUGCAGAGCUUUGUAGUGGAAAAGUGGUAAAGAAAGAAGUCGAGAGAUGGCUUGAAGAUGUAGAAAUGAUAAAUAUCGAAAUGCAAACGAUUGAACAGAAGUUAUGUGAUGUGUCAUACUUCUCACGUGGAAGCCUUGGGAAACUUGUUUGUCGAAAGAUUAAAGGAGUGAAAGAAAUUCAUCAACAAGGCAAAUUUCUUGAUGUUGUGACAGUUGCUGUACCACCAACUAGGGGGGUAAUAUUGCAGACAACAGAUCUAGAAGGUGAAAUUAAUGUAAACGAACAAAUUUGGGAAUACUUGAUGGGUGAUGAUGUUGCUAUGAUUGGAGUAUGUGGUAUGGGUGGCAUUGGGAAAACUACCAUCAUGAAGCAUAUCAAUAAUCAGUUGUUGAAGGAGGCUGGAUUUGAUAAAGUGAUUUGGGUCACUGUGUCGAAGGAACUAAAUGUUGUCAAAUUGCAAGAAGAUAUUGCAUCUGCAUGUGAUAUGAAGCAUCUUCUUCCCAAAAAUGAAUUGGAGCGAGCAACAAAAUUGAUAGAUAUCUUGAAAACGAAAAGAUACGUCUUGAUCUUAGAUGAUGUUUGGAAACAGUUUUCUCUAUUGCAAAUGGGAAUCCCUGAACCGAGACACAAUGGAAGCAAACUAGUAAUCACUAGUAGAUCAAUUGAUGUUUGUCUAUCUAUGGGUUGUAAGGUGCUUAAAGUGCAACCUCUUUCAAAGGAGGAGUCUUUGAACUUAUUCUUAAAUCAUGUAGGGCAGGGUGUUUUGCAAGAUCCUGCUUUGAAAGAAAUUGUGAAGCUUGUUGUUGAUCAAUGUAGUGGUUUACCACUUGCCAUUGUUACGAUAGCCGGAAGCAUGAAGGGUGUGGAUGAUGUUCGCGAGUGGCGUAAUGCACUAUAUGAAUUAUGUGAACGUGUGAAAAGUGUAAGAGGAUUGGAUACCGAAAUAUUCAAAUGUUUGAUGUUUAGUUAUGAUCGUUUGGGUGAUUCGAAAAUUCAAAAUUGUUUCUUAUAUUGCUCUUUAUACCCGGAGGAUUAUACAAUUGAAAGGGGCAUGUUAAUUGAAAAAUGGAUAGAUGAAGGACUCGUUGAUGAAUGUGGAUGUAGACAGGCCAUGCAGGACAGAGGUCAUAGUAUUUUGAAUAGGCUGGAAAACAAUUGCUUGUUAGAAAAGGGUGUGCAUAGUAGAGGAGUCAAGAUGCAUGAUGUAUUGAGAGACAUGGCAUUGUCUCUUAAAAAAGCUAAUCCUCGAUUCAUGGUGAAAGCUGGCAUGAAACUGAAGGAAUUACCACGCGAGCAUGAGUGGACAGCGGAUCUUGAGAAGGUUUCCUUAAUGGAUAAUUCAAUAUCAGAAAUCCCUCCGGGCAUAUCUCCGAAAUGUGAAUCUUUGUCAACCUUGUUGUUGCAAGGGAAUCACGAAAUGGAGAGGAUUGCAGAACCUUUCUUCGAGCGCAUGCCUGGAUUAAAGGUUCUUGAUCUUUCUUAUACUGACAUUCGAUAUCUGCCCAACUCCAUCUCUUACUUGGAAAAUCUUGAAGCUCUGGUGCUUCGCUCUUGUUUGAAGUUAAGACAUGUUCCUUCGAUAGCAAAGCUUACAGCAUUAAGAAAGUUGGACUUUUAUUGUACAGCUAUUGAAGAGGUCCCUCACGGUACUGAAAUGUUAAUAAACCUUACCUAUCUUGCUUUAGAUUCUGAAAACCUAAAGGAGUUACCGAUGGGAAUACUACCUAAGCUUGCUAAUCUCCAGUACUUAGUAACUACAUCGUAUGUAAGAGGAGAGGAAAUGGCAAAAUUGAGAAAGCUGGAGAUAUUUUCAUGUUUAUUCCCUGACCCGCAAGACUUUCAGAAAUAUAUCAAGUCUAUGGCUGGUGCAAGGCCUAUCAAUUACUCGCUUCUAGUGGGAUCAUAUGGGGUUUUUGAGUUUUUUCGACAUCGAGAGCCUUAUUUAGUCUGGCUGCAGUUUGAGCAACAUGAAAUUCAUAAAAAUGUAUAUUUCUUUAAGUGCAGGUUAAGGGGAGAUCAAGAUCCUGUAGUGCUCCCCAGUGACCUUGAGGCUCUGCAUGUUGAGGAGUGCCAUGAUCUUCUAAGCUUAAGCUAUUCAUUUGUGUUCCAUGAUCGGGUAAAUGAUUUGAAGCAUUGUUAUAUCUGGCAGUGUAAUGGAAUACAGUGCCUGCUUGACUUGUCAUACUCGUCUUGCAACUUACUUCAGAGUAUUGAGACCCUACACGUUAGACGAUUGCAAACCUUGCGUCGACUUGUGAGGGUAGGAGUCCCAGCAAUGUCCACAUCUCAGGGUCCGACACUGCCUGCCAUCUUCUCUUCUCUUAAAGUUUUCUAUUUAGAAAGCUGUUCAAGUAUCAAGAAAUUGUUUUCAAUUGAGUUGGUGCAGGGCCUCCAAAACUUAGAGGAACUUGAAGUUGUAUGUUGUGAAAAAAUGGAGGAAAUAAUAACAUCAGAAGAAGAAGAAGAAGGAGGAGGAGGAAAUCACGUAGGGGGACCAAUGGUUCCCGAAACAACAACUUUUGUUCUUCCCAAAUUAAAGAAACUGCGCUUGUUGAACUUACCAGAAUUGAAGAGCGUUUGUAGUUCUGGAGUUACCAUUCAUGUAGAUUUUCUUGACUAUAAGAUUCAUCAUUGUCAGAAGCUAAAGCCUUUUCCUUCUUGUUUCUGUAUAUCAGGUGAAAAGGUCUUUGUCUGAUUAAAUGGUGCAUCAGCAUCUUCC